AGAAGUAAAAACAGAGCAGGUCACCGAGAUACUUCGGGUUUGAACGGCGUCGUGUCGUUCGUAUCGUGAGCUCACCAGGCCAAAGGCUAUUGAGGUAGCAUGUAUAUAGCAGUGGAGGACAAGGUAGUCUACUAGCGGUUUGUAUAAACCUGGAGAAGACACCUUGCAUUCACUUGAUUCAGGCGACAUCUGUACCAGCUGUGUGCCCUAUUUUUAGGAUCUGUCAACAAAAUCGACAAUGGCCUUAUAGUUGUGUCGUCUUGGACGUUAUCAUUUUUAUCAUUUCUGGACGAGUCAGCUCCGAGGAGAAUGCCCCAGAAAACUUACAAAUUAGUAGUGCUUGGACAAAGUUCUGUUGGCAAGACGUCGAUACUUGAACAGCUGGUGACUGGACGUCAUGUUGUGGGAUCCGCUAUGAUGCCAUCAGUUGAGGAUAUUUACGAAUGUUGGGUAGAAACGGAGAAGGGACCCAAGGAGAGGAUUCAGAUUGUGGACACUCCAGGAAAGUUGUCCGUAGCACUGGCAAAGCACUACAUACUGAUGGCGGAUGGAGCCGUCCUGGUCUAUAGUGUUACAGCGAAAGAAUCCUUUGACUUCGUAGUGCAGCUACGAAAGGAGCUCGAUUUGCAGAGGGGCAAAGACUUCCCCUUGCUUGUGCUGGGUACAAAGACUGACCUAGUAUCAGAGCGAGUAGUUGACAAUGUCUCCACAGCGCAUUGGUCACGGAUGCACAAUGUAAGACAGUUUGAAGUGAGCGUUGGUGAGAGGGAAAGUCUCCGUGAGCCGUUCCGGUAUGUUGUCACGCGAAUGGCGUACCCCAUGAGUAGGAAAUUCCUCUCAACCGGUGGUCUCAGAAACCAGCCGGACAGACAGAGAUAGCCACGUGUGUCUGUGGGUGUGUGCACGGCGAGCUAUUGCGUUCUGUCUCACCGCGCUCCCAUUGUGGCUGCAGGAAUGAUCCGGUGCACUACAGGAUAACAGGAUAGGUGCGGCCAUUGCCAUGCACCAACCGUUUUGCUACGUCUGCACUGACAUCCAACAGUCUACACAGUUGCCAGUCUACGGCAAUUUCCCACGCGUGCGUUUGGGCAUAACAAGUGAGUGCAGUCCGUGCAGUACUAGCUGCAUAGGCACCACAAGGACUAGACUGAUUUGAAUUCACAUUUUUUUCAUCCUGAUCUUUAGUCAGAUUAUUAUUAUUUUACUAGCAGCUGCACGAACACAUACACGCAAUACAUGUACGUUUCGUUACGUGAUGUGUUUGUCAUAUCUCUUUUAUAGCAGCUUUUUCUUCUUCUUCUUCUGGCUGUCGAUUUACAUGACACUAGACUGCGGCUGAACAAUGCCACUCUAGCACAGGCGUGAGCUUGUUUUCCUUCUUGAGUUUUAUACGGUAUAUCAUGUUUUAUCAACCAAGUACAUGUACUAGGUGCUGGUACAUGCGACUCUGGCCACUUCUGUCGACUAUUCGACGCUGUUGUACUUGUACAUGUGCGGGUCAAUGAAGUAGACGAUUAGCUAUUUAAAAAUUGUUGUCAUCGUCAUGAGGCACUGACGGUGAGUUGGA